UAUGUUUUCAUGACAUGAAGGAAUCCAAUUUCAUCUAUUAAAUUAAGAUUUAUGGGACUUGAUAGUGUAGUUACACUGCUAGGUAUUUGAACUGAAUCAUUUUGAAGACAAGUGUUCUCUUGCAAGGAAACAAGAGCAGGUGUGCCUGUGGGAGUGAUGCAUGCAAACGUGAGAAACUCCUUCCACAUUCCCAGAAAAGAUACUUGGCCACAGCUUGGCCAUUCUAAGGUCAGAGACAAUGCAGUGGUUACUGGUGUUCGUUGUGCAGUACCUUUUUAUAUGCAUCUCUAAGCAGUCCGUAUUUCAAAAGAGACAAUGCAUUUUCCAAGUGACCCACCCAAAAAAUUACAGAUACACUGCAGGUGGCAACGUGAGUGGGUCUGUGCAGAUCUGUGAGAACACCCUCUGCUGUGUGGGCAUUUACCUGAUCAGUGAUGGCCAGCCGAAGGUCGACACUCUUGCUUGUGAUAUGGUGGAAACGUUUUGCCCAGAUGCAACCUGCAAAGCACAUCAAAGUCUCAAAAAUCGCUUCAUUAGGUGUGUGUGCAGCACAGACCUCUGCAACAGCAACAUUACGUGGAAUCCAGAAGCAGAGCUGCCUCCGUACGUCCCCUCCUAUUCUACAGCUGGAACCAUGAAAACGGCUUUAGUGGUGAUCCUGCCUGUUGUUUGCUUCAUAAUUCUUGCUACUAAAUGGAGAAGCUUCCGUAAAGAGAAAGAGAAGGAUCUACAAUCUUCCUGUCACGAUUACAGUAUACAACCACUAUGUUCCUGUCAAACAAACACUUCAGAGAAUUAUAUUACUGACAUUGAUCUACAGCAGGCUGUGGGUCAAGGACAUUUUGCAACAGUUUUUCAAGGGAAGUACAAAGGUUCUGUGGUAGCUGUGAAAAUUUACCCUGCAGCCUGGAGGCAAACAUUUACAAAAGAAAAAGAAAUUUAUGAGCUACCACUGAUGAAGCAUAAUGGGAUUGCCCAGUUUAUAGGUACUGGGCAGAAACCAGAGGACAACAGCUGGUUUAUUGUACUGCAACACGCUGACUAUGGUUCUCUCUAUUCCUUUCUGUGUAAACACACCACCACCUGGAUGCAGUCACUGAAGUUGUGCCAGUCCUUAUCACAGGGACUUUCAUAUCUACAUUCUGACCUCCGCAGUAACGAUGUCCACAAGCCUCCUGUGGCCCACAGAGACCUCAGCAGCUCCAAUGUGCUGGUGAAAGCAGAUGGUACCUGUGCCCUGUGUGAUUUUGGAUGCUCCACCGUCCUGCGCUCCUGUUCAGGCCAUCGUCUUUGGCAGCACCAGACCAAAAACAUGAAAGGUCAUGAUCUGUUUGGCACGCUGCACUACAUGUCCCCAGAGAUCCUGGAAGGCUCUGUAAACCUGAGCAGCAACUCAUACCUCAUGCAUGGGGAUGUCUAUGCCUUGAGUUUGGUAUUGUGGGAGAUCUGGAUGCGCUGCUCGGAUUUAUUUGAGGGUGGCAUUGCUCCACAGCAUCUGCUGCCCUAUGAACUGGAGCUGGAAGCCAACGUCACGCUGGAGAGACUCAUCUUUUACGUGUCGGAGAUGGACAAGAGACCCUCCAUACCUGAAUCCUGGGAGCGGCGACCACAGGGAUCUCUGCUGAAGGAGCUCCUCACAGACUGUUGGGACCGUGACGCGGAUGCCCGAUUAACAGCUCCAUGUGUUGUGGACAGAUUGUCUCCUUUCAGUCUUAUGUAAAGUGACUGGUCACUUUUAUGAUAACUGUUCCUCAUUUAGAUCAUAUCAAUGAAAACCUCAAUAUUUGCCAUUUCUAGGAUACUGGACAGUAAAUAAAUUAAUAUAAAAAAAUGUAAAAGAAAUAAAGUAUUGCAACAUCUCGUCAUAUCACAAUAAUAAUUAUUUUUGGGGGGCAUGCAUACAAUAAAUAUAUAAAAGUGGGGCAGGUGAAGAUAUCGUUGAUUGGUGUCUUAUUCGCCUGAAGACCCUUGAAAGUAGAUCUGUGAUGCUGAAGAGGAGGAAUAGGGUACAGAUCAUGGGUGGAUAUAUGGAUGGAGUCUUAUUUGUGAGAUUUAAUGGCUUAGCAGUAACAACAUGCCUGUUAUGAACUCAAAAAUUUUAAAAUACAUGAUCUUUUUAUUCAGCUUAUGUUAUAUGCUGUUUGUUUUUAGAUGCCACAGAACCAAAUUCUAGGUCUUUCUAGAGUUUAAAACAAUUAGGAACGCAUUGAAAUUUCAUAUCAAACUAAGAACAACGCUGCAAUGUUAAGCAAUAUGGUGGUGGAGAGUAGCAGUGUAGUCAUGGACAGUCAGACACUCAAACAAACUAACUUCAGAAUUCCAGCAGCAAGUUGGAUAAAACUAUGGCAUAGAAAUGUUUGGAUGGUGCUUCUUUUCAGCUCUCCUCUAAAGGCUUUU